AUGAAAUUAAACUUUAUUGGAGGCCAAAAUCGUCAAGGACCAACUACCUCAAGUAACAAACCAAGUGGAAGAUCAGGUAAGAUAUCUCAACUCUCUCUAUCUCUCUCUCUCUCUCUAAAACAAUUAAUAAAUAAUAAACCAUUACUGACAUUUAUAAAAAUUAAAAAAAAAAAAAACAAAUAA